GCAGUACCGGGGUUUCCCUCCAGCUCUGGCGAGCCAGCAGAGAUGUAGCUGCUCUGGGCGCUAUAUGGCCCGCAGGCUGGAGGGCUGGGCAUAGCUCGCCCCAGCUCGGCGGGCUGUUCCUCGCCGCUGCAGCUCCAGCCUCGCCACCCAUCUAGCUGCGGCCGGGGCUGGGGGCCGGAGCUCCGUAUUCUCUACAUAGAAAAGCGACGUCAAGCCCUGUCUUGCAAACGUCGCAGCUUCGCUCAGGACUAUGCCCGUUUCCAGCCGCUGGCAGAGCGCCCGGAGCCUUUUUUUCCUUAUUAAAAAAGAAGAAGAAAAUAUCUAGGGGGGAAGGGCUGGUUCUUUUUCCUUAAUCUGUUUCCGGUUUGCUGCCAUAUUCCCCCUUUUGGGGUGGGUUGGGGGAGGGGAGCAUUUGCAAAUAAAUAGGAAUCGAUGCUAGCUUUGGGGUGGUAGCAGCAGCGAGAGGAGGAAGGACAGGGCUGGACCAGGAGCCGCCCCGGCCGUGAGCGCCCGAGCCCAGGCAGGCACCUGGAGGGAAAGGGAGGGGGCUACUGCUUUGGCCUCGCCUGGCCCCCGAUGCUAAAUCCAAGCAGGCAGCAGCAUGAAUCACUGUGGGGAGAAGGUGUCUCAGCCGCAGGCGGGCGUGAACCGCUGCUGACAUCACGGCUCCAAGUUACAAUCCGGCUCUCUAGCCAUUUGCUAGCGUUCAGCCGCGCCGGGAAGGGGCCGGGGGACUGAGCAGCCGAGGGGGUUAAUUCCGCCCCCCCCCCCCUCCGAGAGAGACAAAGCCAGAGCCGGGUUUUUGUGUCUGUCUGGGCGCGCCAACCAUGAGCCGUGUGUCCCCGGCGCGGCUGCCCGGCUCUCUGCCGCUCCGCGAUGGUGUCUCGCAGCGGCGCGGGCGAGUCGUGUAACUGCUGGGGCCGGGGAGCCUGCGAGCCGCCGAGGGCUUUGCAUGUGGGGGCUGCGGCGCUUGGGAGAAAGGAGCUGAGCGAGGAAGCCGCCUGGCUCUGGGAGUUUUCCGCGGAGAGAGAAGAUUCCUGAAGAGCUGAGGUGACUUCACACACGGCCACACUGCCCCUGUAGAAAGGCUGUAGCUGGACACAUCGAGUUUUGGACCAUGGGGAGCAGCAAGAGCAAACCCAGAGACCCCAGCCAGAGGAGACGCAGCCUGGAAUCUGCUGAGAACGCCCACCAUGGUGGCUACCCUUCCUCUCAAACGCCCAGCAAGACGCCUGUCCCAGACGCCCAUCGGACCCCCAACCGCUCCUUUGGGAGCAUGGCAGCUGAGCCGAAGCUCUUCGGAGGCUUCAAUACAUCCGACACAGUCAUGUCCCCGCAGCGCUCAGGGGCUUUAGCUGGUGGAGUCACCACCUUUGUGGCCCUCUACGACUAUGAGUCACGGACGGAAACAGACCUUUCCUUCAAGAAAGGGGAGCGCCUCCAAAUUGUCAACAACACGAGAAAAGUGGAUGUCAGGGAAGGAGACUGGUGGCUGGCUCACUCCCUCACGACAGGACAAACGGGCUACAUCCCCAGUAACUAUGUCGCACCCUCAGACUCCAUCCAGGCUGAAGAGUGGUAUUUUGGGAAAAUCACUCGCCGGGAGUCAGAGCGGCUCCUGCUCAAUUCUGAGAACCCCCGAGGAACCUUCCUGGUCAGGGAGAGUGAAACCACCAAAGGUGCCUACUGCCUCUCGGUCUCUGACUUUGACAACGCCAAGGGGCUCAACGUGAAACACUACAAGAUCCGCAAGCUGGACAGCGGUGGCUUCUACAUCACCUCCCGCACGCAGUUCAACAACCUGCAGCAGCUGGUGGCGUAUUACUCCAAACAUGCUGAUGGCUUGUGCCACCGUCUCACGAACGUGUGCCCAACUGCCAAGCCCCAAACGCAAGGACUUGCUAAGGAUGCUUGGGAAAUCCCCAGGGAGUCUCUGCGGCUGGAGGUGAAACUGGGGCAAGGCUGCUUUGGAGAAGUGUGGAUGGGGACCUGGAAUGGCACCACCCGGGUGGCCAUAAAGACUCUGAAACCCGGCACCAUGUCUCCAGAGGCAUUUCUGCAGGAGGCCCAGGUGAUGAAGAAACUCCGUCACGAGAAGCUGGUUCAGCUGUACGCGGUGGUGUCGGAGGAACCCAUUUACAUUGUAACGGAGUACAUGAGCAAAGGGAGCUUACUGGAUUUCCUGAAGGGGGAGAUGGGCAAGUAUCUGCGGCUGCCCCAGCUGGUGGACAUGGCGGCUCAGAUCGCAUCUGGAAUGGCAUACGUGGAGAGGAUGAACUACGUCCAUCGGGAUCUCCGAGCUGCCAACAUCCUGGUGGGGGAAAACCUGGUGUGCAAGGUAGCCGACUUCGGCUUGGCCCGGCUGAUUGAGGACAAUGAAUACACGGCCAGGCAAGGUGCCAAGUUCCCCAUUAAGUGGACAGCCCCGGAAGCUGCUUUGUAUGGCAGGUUUACGAUCAAGUCAGAUGUCUGGUCCUUUGGAAUCCUAUUGACUGAGCUGACCACGAAGGGCAGAGUGCCAUACCCAGGUAUGGUUAACCGGGAGGUGCUGGACCAGGUGGAACGUGGCUACCGGAUGCCCUGUCCUCCAGAGUGCCCCGAAUCACUGCACGAUCUGAUGUGUCAGUGUUGGAGGAAGGACCCAGAGGAAAGGCCCACCUUCGAGUACCUUCAGGCUUUCUUGGAGGACUACUUCACAUCGACAGAGCCCCAGUACCAGCCAGGCGAGAACCUAUAGACGUGGGGAUGGCUCCUGGUGCCAAAGACCUUGCUCUCCUCCUGGUGUGUCCAUGCACAUGUCACAAGACACACGGCAUCUCAGGAACUCCUUGCAGAGUCUGGUUCUGGUGACUAGCCCUUCUCCCAGAGGGUGGGACUGGUGCUUUUUAGCCCCGCAAGGUGGAGGGGGCUGGGUUCUCCCGAUCACGAAUUACUGAUUUAUGGUCUGUGUUUAACAAAGUGUGGCCAUUUGACCUGGAGAUGAGUCUGAAGGGAAUUGGCUGUGUGCAGUGACUGGGGGUUGGAGAAGGAGCCUUUCCAGAAGAAACCCAGGAGGGAAGGUCUGUGCAGAAGCUGGAGGGGCUUUCAGGGGUCUUCCUCCUAGUAGUUCUGAAGUGCAAUGAAAGGCAUUAGACAACCUCUGUCUAACAACGACCUAGGCUUCCUUGCAGCCUGCCUCUCACUGGAGCGCUUGGCUCUGCUGGGACUGGAUGCUAGUGCUACAGAUCAACACCUUUCAAUCUCCGAUCACGCAGCUUCCAGCCUUUCUCUUUUCUUUUAAACCAGCACAAGGUUCCCCCCGUACCUCUCUGCUCCCUACACCUGUUCCCAGAGCAAACUUGGCUGCAGUUCGCUACAGGAAUGUUUGUGGUUUCAGACUGAGAGACUCUUCCAGAGAGGACGUUCACAUUUCAGUGCUCGCAUGACUCGGUCUCCACUGCCCCAUCCUGCUGGUGUACAGGGCUGUGGCAUUGGGACACUAGCGCCAGCCCCCUUGCCUUGCUGCAGGUCCCAGGCACAUGUGAGUUUGGAUCAGGGAUGCUGACUGUGCCUGGAGGCUCGUGAGGUGAUUUUUCUCUGCGGGCGAGAUUCUACUGGAGAGCUAGAAGGACUUCAUGGCCGAGUUGCACGUGCAGCUGCAUUAGUGUUCACUGUUGCUGCUCAUGGGGCCAGUGACUUCUGACUUGUAUCGGGACCAUGUUAAAUCGUGAGCUGCAGGUUUCUGUCUUCCAGUCUCGUCUGACCCAGCGAAGGGAACCUUGUAAUCUUGAUGACUACUUCUUAGAGACACACUAAGGCAAAUGCCAAUGGGGCAGGAUACCUCUCCUUUUUCCUACCCUUGCUGCCAACUCCCUAUUGCUUUGAGGGGUAUUCUUCAACGAAGUACCCCUGGUCUUCCAGCCAGCACCCUAAGCAGCUCACCUGGAGAACACUCAGCCAGACCCUCCUGCCUGUCCUCAUUCCACUCAUUCAGAUGCAUCUUAGUUUACUCCAAGGCUUUUAGUGCCAGAGAAGCAGGGGUGGUCAUUCUUGGGACACUGUGGUGUUCGCGCCAGCUCUGCCACAGUCAGGAAAGCCUCUGCCCAGCAAAGGGUUCUUUGUGUCUGAAUCAAGGCCUGAUGUGGAGCUAGCUUACCUAGGGUAAUGGGGCCCUGGCCGUGCCCCAUUGUCUUAUCCUCCACAGGCUGCUGAGUUCGGGAGACUCCUGGGAGUGCAUUACCCACUCCAUGGGGGCGUGGUUUCAAGAACUACUUAUGGAUGCAUUCAGGGUGGAGGUGAAGUCUCCAUUCUGCCUGAGAGCAGAGGGGCCUUCCCCUCCAUCUUCACUCCAUAAUUGGUCUUGAGCGACCAGGGGGCAUCACCUAAACUCCAGACCCUGCCUAAAAGUUAAAACUCUGGAUUCUGCUGCUUUAGCCCGGCUUCCAUGGCUGUUUUCCGUGGGUGCAGGUGAGGGUCUGGGAAAGGGCUCCCAUGGGGAAGAUCACUAGUGCAGUGCUUCCACUCAACCCUGUGCUUCAGCGGCUGGAGCUGAGAUCUUUUGGAAUCCUGGUGGGCUCUUUGUACCUGCCCUGUGUACAGCAUGGUAAGGUAGGGAAGCAACCUCCUUGCCUCAUUGUGUAUUGGUGUCUGGCCUAGUUGUGCCCUUGCUGCAAACUGGCCUCGGGCCUAUGAAUGGAGAAAUCAUGCAAAAUCUCUGUUCCAAGCCUUGGUGGGGAAAGGGAGGAGGAAGGGCCUGAUUCUGUAAGUUGCUAAGAGCCCUCACUUCCCACUGAAAUCCUUGGGAGCUCAGGUUGCUCAGCACUCUCUAGGAUUGGAUCCUAAGUACUUUCUUCAGCAAACAGCUGGUUGCUCCCAAUUCACGCUCUCUCUGAUGGUGCACGAGUGGCUUCCAUGCUUGUAUUUAUGCAGCCACGUGGCAGAGGCUACCUUGACAGCAGUUGACACACAAGUGGCUGGUUGUAUUUUUCAUCAGGCUUGUGAAUAAACAGCAGACUUAAGUUUGCAAGCUUUGCCCUGUGUGUAUAUAGUUAUUAAAAUCUCUAAGGAAUCCCUUCUUGCCAGAUCACUGCUGAUCUUCUCUUCUCUUCUGCUGUUUCCUCAGGCGGAGAGAUCUGGUGGAAGGCAGAUUCAGACACCAGUUCUAGCUCAAGCUGCUGCCAAGGGGGGUUUUCUGGUGACCCUGACCCUGAUAGAGAAGCUAAUAGGUCAUCUACAGCCAAGUCAGUCAUGGUGCAGGAGAGAUUACAGUAGCCACGGGUCAAGAGACAACUCUCCAUCUGCUCUUAGCUGCCAGGCAGAACAGGCAGCUGGAUGGAUUGUAUGCAGGGCAGUAAGAUUCUUGGAUUCAGGUCAUUUAGUUGCAGUCUAGGACAACUCUGCAAAUGAAAGAUCUGUGUCUCAGCUACCGGUCCAAAUGGACAAUGGAGGAAUGCUGUGCUGAGAUCUGCAGCGGGGAGUGUUAAAAUGGAGAGUGAGCCUGGCCUGUCAGUGAAAGUGCUAAGCAAAAGGCCCACUCUCUUCAGUGGGGGAGGGAGGGAACCCCAACUCUCGUUAACUCCAGAAUGCCCUGGGGCUCCAUCUCGAUCAAUAUGGUGCCCUAAUGCAGUUGUGUGCUGGCAGCGCGCACCCCCGUUUUGGAGAUGAGGCCUAAGCACGGCCGAGGGAACAGCAGUCCCGUUUCUUUUUGCUGCAGAAGGCUCCUUGCUGCUCAGCAGCACUUUUUCCCCCUUUGGGGUAGACCUGGAGUGUCAGAAUGAGAGAGGCAGGGAGGUGGAAUAGCAAAUGGUGCCCAUGUGGGCAAAGUGUCAUUAAUGGGCAGGUGCUGUGCCAAAGACAGGAGAGAACGCAAAAGACACCGCCCCAUCCUUGGCCAAGACAGCUGGCUGGUCUUCGGCCCAGAUCUCCAAAUGCGCCAGGCGAGGUCCCACCUGCUCAGUCCUUAAGGAUUUCUUCAUUCUAAAUGAGUUCCAGUCAUAAAGCCCCAUGUGGUGUAGGCCUGUCCUUGGAGCAGGACUGAGAUCUGCUUGGCCAGCCUCUAGAAGGGAGGGUGCUCGGAGGGGUGGGGAGGUAGAAAGGGGCUGCAGGACUGCCCUUUCCUACGUCACAUCCAGGGGCUGGAGAUGAUUCUGAGUUUGACGGUUUUCAAUGACCGAUCUUGCUCCUGCCUCCACCUCAUGAUAGAUGAUUCUUUAAACAAACUAUAAAACCCAAGCAGCCACCGAAGCCCUAUUUAAAUCACCUCUUUCUAGCAAAGUUACUCUGUUCAACUGGAGCAGCCCAGCAGCUUUCUGUGGGAGUAAUGGCGUCUUAAAAGGGAGAACUUCUAAUGAGCUGUAAAAUAGCCUGGUUUUGUACAUAGCCCUCGAGUCGCCUGGGUGCUCACCCAGAGCCCCCUGUUGAAUUAGUUGCAUGUGUUUUUUCGAAGCUAACACUCGUGUCUGCAAUUGGACGUAACUGGAAUUCUUUGCCAUUUGCCCGCAAGGCUUUGGUUAUUGUCAUUACUCGCUCGUGUUUGUCUGUGGUUUUGGAUGCUCUUCAGUGUGCCAAUAAUCCCCCAAGAACCGAACCCCUUUGGCAACUGAGGGACUGUGCUCCAAGCCCAACCUGUGGCCCACUUAGUCCAUGCAUUAUUCAAAGAGUUUAGCUGUCCCAAACAAGGGCUGUCCUAACUGCUUCCUUUAGGUGGCAUCUGUCCUGUGGGUGCUUUGGCACACUGGCCGAGAGUGACUCCUGACCCUCUGUUCUCCAGAAUUGUAAGUUCAACAUGAUCCAUUCUGCCCAAGGCUGGGUUUGGUCUGGCUCAGCUGCCCGUUCUUGAUGCAGAGGAGAACUUCUUUUCUGGGGAGUGUUAAGGAGUGCUGGGCAGGCGCAAAUCCUUCCCCUGGAGAAAUGCCGGCUGGGGGGAGUGAAAUCUCAGAAGCACAUGGGAUUUAAAAAAAAAAACAAACAAACCCUAGAAAAGCAUGAGGCGCAACCACGCAUGACUUUGAAAGUGGACUCAAGUGAUUGAUUCUGAUGUGCUUCCCCCAGUCCCUGACCACCCCAGCCUGUGGAGCAAAGUGGGUUUUGGUAUUUUCCAUACAUUUUCUUCCUUCAUGGCCCUAACGUUUUUUCCAUGUUGGGAUCGAUCCUCAUCUUUAGGGCAAUUGAGCCAAAUCUCCACCAUGUCCCAGGCCCUUGUGUAUCACAACUGCAAGUUGCAGAAAUGUCUUGGCAGCUGUGGUGAAUCCCCCAGGUGGAGCUAGUGGGCUGUGAGAAGUGUCCAGGGGCAUUCAUGGAGCUGACUGGCUGCAUGUGGGCUAAAUCCUCCUUCCCCUGCCAUCUGUGCCAAAACUCCAGUUGGUUUCAAUGGGAUCUGUCCUUCAGUCCCCUCUUCCCCUGCCUGGUCAUAGUACAAUGCAAGCAACCUUGGGAGAUAUUCUAACAGUGCUGCUGUUUAUAGAUCAGCUUUAACUCACGUAUCUUGUCUGUAUUGCUGAUAUGCCUUUGUGAUUAAACAUCAUUCAGGUCAAAAAA